AUGGCACCGGGAUUGAGGACACUUUGUCACCAAGAGCGGUUCUAUUUGGACACGUUGGCCAACGCAAAGCAAUUUGUUUCUGGUUACGACGCAGAGCAACAUAGACGGCAACUAGCAGGAUGGAAGCAACGGAUUGAUGGCUUGGAUGAGAAAUUUCAUGCCAAUCGCCUGGCCAUUGAAUUAUCGUUCGACGAUGAAGAUGAAGAUGAGCAGGAAGAAGAUGAAGUUGAGGUUGCAGAAAAGGAAGCGGAGAAGGCUGCCGCUCAAGAAAGCAAUUGGCUUAUUCGGCAGAAAUUCGAACUUGAUUACGUUUUGGUGUACAGCUUCUUGGCUAACGAAAUUAAAAGGCAUGCAUCGUGUUCCCAACCUAACCUCAACCAACAUCCACCUAUUCAGUCGCGGGUCAAUCUGCCUAAUGUGAAACUGCCAAGUUUUGAUGGCACCAUUUCGGAAUGGAUCACUUUUCGCGAUUCAUUCAAAUCGCUUAUCGACUCCAAUGCUGAUUUUUCGCAUUUCGAUAAAUUUUCCUACCUUAUGGUGUCUCUGACGAAAGACGCGAGGAAGGUGAUCGAAGCUAUAGAGCUUACAGCUGCCAAUUAUCCUGUCGCCUGGCAGCUGCUUGAAAAUAGGUUUGAGAAUAAGAAGCUUAUCUUCAAGACAUACAUGGACGCUCUAUUUUCGAUUGAGCCCAUGAAACGGGAAUCGUAUGAAUCGUUGACGCGGUUGGUCGACGAGUUCGAGCGAAACCUAAAGAUGAUUGACAAAAUGGGAUUCUUAACGGAGAACUGGAGUGUAUUUCUGGCUCACAUGGUCUGCUGUCGUCUCGAUCCCUCAACCCUCAAGCAGUGGGAGUCAUUCUAUCGUUCAACAGAAGUUCCAGAAUACCACGAUCUUAUGGCCUUUUUGCGUGGUCAUUUAUCCGUUCUCCAGUCGUUGCCGUCGUCCAAAUCGUAUUCGUCGGAUUCUCACAAACCGGAGCAGCAUCGGCCGCUGAAAUCGAAGGCCGUCUACGCCGUCACCAGUUCAGCGACCAGCUCGUGUCCGUUUUGCUCGAAGUCCGCCCACUCUCCAUUCAAAUGCGAAUUCUUCCAAGGGUUGUCAGUUAAGCAACGCUUCGAUCUUGUGAAGAAAAAGAACUUGUGCAUUAAUUGUUUAUCGCCGGAGCACAUGGUUCGCAAAUGUUCAUCUGGUACAUGCCGAGUAGACAAGUGUCACCAAAGGCAUCACACUAUGCUCCAUCAAGCAUCGAUUGAUCAUCCAUCUACUCCUACUAACCCAAACGCUCCACGUUCAUUUCCUGUCCAGCCGGGAAAUCCUCCGAAUCAGUCCUUCUCGCAAACUCACUCGCCAUCGUCGUCGUCAUCGUCUGGAAGCCAACAGCCCUCUGUCACUAGCCUUGUGUCCACCAACGUCGUUGGAGCUCCUUCUGUUCCUGCUACUGUGCUGCUGCAGACGGCAAUCAUCAAGGUGUUCGCUUCGAAUGGACAACCCCAGUGGGCCAGAGCCCUGUUAGAUCCAGCGUCGCAGUUGAACCUUAUCACCGAGAACAUCGUCCAAAGGCUGAAGUUGCGCCGCUACCACUGGCAUUAG